AUUAAAAUUAGGGCUGUGGCGUGACCACUGCCAGUCGAUCGAUCGUCUGCCUUUAUAAACUCACAAACAACAGAUGCAUCAAACAUUCAAAUCAGCGGAUAUAGCUAGCAGAGCAGCAGUGCAGGGAGCAAACUGAUUAACCGACGAUCGAUCAUAUCGAGAGAUCAGCUUCAGCAGCUGGGAGAGCAAGCAAAAGCGAGAGCAGUAUUUGAUUCGUCAGAGAGAUUGCAAUUAGCUCGAUGGGGAGACUGAGGCCGCCGUGCUGCGACGAGAGCAGCGUGAAGAAGGGGCCGUGGACGCGGGAGGAGGACGAGAAGCUCGUCGCCUACGUCGACCAGCACGGCGGCCAUGGCAGCUGGAGGUCUCUCCCCAAGCGAGCCGGGCUCAACAGGUGCUGCAAGAGCUGCCGUCUGCGAUGGAUUAACUAUCUCAGGCCUGACAUCAAGAGAGGCAACUUCACUCCUGAGGAAGAACAGGCCAUCAUUACCCUCCACUCCGUCCUCGGCAAUAAGUGGUCGACCAUCGCGACACGCCUUCCUGGGCGCACGGACAACGAGAUCAAGAACUACUGGAACACGCGCCUCAAGAAGAGGCUCAUCGGCGCCGGCAUCGACCCGGCCACGCACCGCGCGCGGCCGCGGCCGCCGGCGCCUGGGGACCUCGCCACCGCGCUCCCGCAGCUGGUGGCGCUCGCCAGCCUGGCCGUCGACCUCGCCGUCGGCCACGCCGCCGCAGCCGGCGGUGCGUGGGGCGCCGCCAACGGCGCCGUCGACUACCAGCAGGCCGACGCGGCGGCGGCGCAGCUGCAGUGCCUCCAGCACCUCCUCCUCCAGCCACAGACGACGCCGGCCACCUCGGCGACGAGCGGCGGCGGCGGCCACCCGACCGAGCUGAACGCGGCGAGCAGCUUCCUGACCCAAGCCGUCGCGUCCUACGCCGCCGCCGCCGCGACUCCUCUCCCUUCUCUCGUGGUACCCGGUGGUAGCCAGCCUCUCGAGCUGAAACGGUGGCAAGAUCACAUCGGCGGCGACCAUGUUGGCGCCGUGUCGCCCUUCGCCGGCGCGGCGACGGUGACCGGCCACCACGGAGGCGGCGGCGGCGGCGGCGGCGAGUUUCUGCCCUCGGAGCUGACGGCGUUGCUGUGCAGUGCGAACGCCAUCGAUGAUUUGCAAUCCAGUAAUCUAGAUUUCUGAUGUAAUUAGAGCGUGAGAGUGUAGAAGAUUAAGGGUGUCGUAAUCAUCAGACAUUAAUCGAGUCGACGUGUUAAUUGUUCCGUAGCAUGCAGCGAUGGUGACUGGCUGGCCCUGUACAUGAAUGAAAAGCAUUGCUGAUAUUUGAAUUUGGUGGAAACUAAGGCAUAUAAAAACAUAAAAAUCGAUCGCAGGCAUGUACUGUGUCUCGCUAUCUGAUGAAGUUCGUCUUUUGUGGAUAUGUAAUACCAUAUCGUCGUUUUUUU